UUCAUUGGUGCGUAUUGCCGAUUGUAAAGCUUAAGGUUUCAUUUGAUCACUAAGUCAAAAGGAUUCAUCAUUCUAUAUUUCAAUAUGAAGUAACGGAGUUCGAUUACUUAAUAGGUCUAUAUACUGCGUAGCUGUAAUGUAUUUCGUAUAAAGCCUAAACCUUGUCCGGCGAGAAUUCUUACAUCUAGCAUUCGAUUUGUAGUUUAUAUAAGUUCAUAAACACAUAACAGACAAUGGAGAGUUGAUCGGAUUAAUCACUUUCAUCAAGCAGGUUGUGUAAUAGGCUUUAACACAGAACGACAAUACAGACACCUAAUACCUUAUAUUGGCAGAAAAUUCCCCAACAACGGACAAUGGAUUUAUUUUCAUACCAGGUACAGUAGUUAUAUUACCAACACUACGGGAGACACAUAGACGUUAUGUAGCUUUUUAUUUUACAAGAAAAUGGGAACUCGGGUUAAUCAACAACAAGGAAUGUUAUACAGGAGUGUUCCACCACGACCACACAGCUAUACUUUCCCUGAUGAUCUGAAUAGCCUCCCUCAAUCAAGUCGCUCUAAAACGGCACCAUUGCAAAUAACACCUUCAGACGAAUAUUCUCAGAAAUUUAAUUCCAGACAAACAGCUCGACCUAAAGUAAUCGACUUUGAUGGAGGUAACGUUAAAAAUACCGAGGUUCAGCAUUUGAACAAAAAUGGAUUUUAUCCACCUGUGAAGUUAAAACUGAUUCGUAUGAGCGACGACAGAAAUAUUGAACCGCAGGAACCCGGAAUCCAGCUGUCAAGACUUAAACUGGCACCGAUGUCUAAAAAAUCGUUAAAAGGUGGAAGAAAUAAACACAGAUCAGCUUCAAACGGCUCCUCCAUUAAAACAGAAGUAGAGAGAAACUCUCUUUAUAAUCACAACCCACUUCCCACCUUGAACACACCUGAAUACGAUUCUACAAGAAUAAAAUCAAAUACUUCCAUGUCCACAUCAAACCAAUAUGAAAAAGAAAAAAGCCGUCUAUUUGAUAGCAUCGACUCCAAAGACUAUUCGAACUUCAUAUCUAACAACGAGGAAUUCGAAGAAGAUCUAAGCAAUUUCCCACCAACCGCACCACCCCAAAUACUCCCCAGUCGAGAAUUACCCUGGGUUUACAGAUUCAAAGUGAAAAGAGGUAUGAAUGCUGUGUCAAAAAUAAUGGCAAGCAAACCUCCAAGGCCAUUGUUUGAUAGUUGGUGAAUACAGUGAUAACGGCUUUCGCUAAUAGUAAUUUAUAAAAAAAAUAUUUGCAGACAAAAACACCAAGUGAUGCUUUAUAGCUGUGGAUCAGACAUAUGAGGCUGGUAUUAGAUCAGCGAUCGUGGUUGGUUUUGAGCAUUUAUAUUUUAUCAGAAGUAGUAAUUAUUUCUGAAUUGUUGCCUAUGUGUUAAUUUUGUUUGACUUAAGAGAGAGAGAGAGAGAAAUGGGGUUUAACGUCCACUAGACACAAACAUAUAGUUCACUUUUAUUUAACAGUGGGAGGAAACCCACGAAGUUGGACAGGCGACCCUACUCCUUGUCACGUACAACGGGGGAAUCGAAACCACGCCAGUUGACUGAAUGACAGACGUUAUGAUACAGCGCGAACGUGCUAACCAUUCGGCCAUCCAACCCCCAUGUUUGACUUAAGACUCAUGUCAAUCGAGGGUGUGUCCCAUGUUUACAAAUGAAAUUAAGAAAAGAAUAAUUUUACGUCUGUGAAAAUAUUAGCGACUCAUAAGCGCUAGCAGUAGCUUACCCCUUUUCAUACAAAAAUUACCCUGUCUUUUCUACAACCAUCUCUGCUUGAGAACAGACACGAAGAUGGUUGACCUACAUUUUAAUUCCUACAUGGACUAUUUUAGUCGGAAACACUAAGUAUACUUCCAGAAUUUAUUCCACUUCCGUUUUCAUAAUUGACGAAUAUGCAAAUGUGUAUUUAAUCUUUGUGUGUAAGAAAGGGGUAAAACUUAUAAAAUAAUACACUCAUUUUUAAACAGGCAUUAUGAAAGAGCUAAUAUGCCUAUUGCAGGACUUUCUUUGGGCCUUAAAUGUUAUAUAAAUUAUUAAUUAGACAUUAACUUGACAAGACCAUAAUCAACUCUCCAUUCCGUCGGACAGUUCCGAUUUUAAGUAUAUUAGAACGGUUCAAUCAUUUAAUAAUUUAAAUUAAAAAUGGAGAAGCGAGGCUAAGACUUGAAUGACCAGUACGGUGGUUACGAUCAAUGCGCCCAUUUAUUGUUAGAACUACAAUCAUUGAUAACGUCACUCAAAGUACAGGAAUUUCAAUGAAAUUUUCAAUACAUUCAUUUUGAAUUAUCUAUUUUUGAAAUAUUAUAGCGAGGACGACCAUUU